UAUGGACUUGGAAAUAUUCGUAAUUAUCUACAAAACAAUAAGAUAUUUGUUCAUGUUCGAUGCUGGUAGAUCAAGACUGCCAACAAAUAAGAAUACCAUCGACGCUAUUACCUUCAUCCAUAGUCAUGGCAUUAUCCGUACCGAUAUUAGUCCACAGAGCUUCUUAGUAGCAGAGGGUUCAUCUAUCAAACUGUGCGGUUUUAUUGGGUCCGUUAACGGGUUCAUGAGAGCGUACGUUGAGGAAAAAGACCGUUACAGGCUAGUCCCAUGGUCACCAUGGACCUCCAAACGGAAUUUUUGGCUUGAGGAUACCUGA